AGCUAAAAUGAUGAGAUCCGAAUACUCAACCUUAGCGUUACACGCCCACCCAUCCCGACCAACCACCAUCCUUUCAUUUUUGCCUUAAGUAACCUUCAGUCUUAUAUAACCAUGCCAAACCUUACAUUUCAUACUAAUUUGAAUGUCCCAGGUUUACAUUUACUAUGUUUCGUCUAGUUUUUGAGACCAGGCUGCGUCAUAACACUUUAUAACACCUCAUAACCAUGUCAUAACAGCUGUCAUAGCCUGUUGUAAAUAACAUUGUAACACUGUUUUCACACAUAGACGUUUUGUUGAAUAAAAUGUACAUGUUAAUGUUGUGCCAUACAGUAUAUUGUGAUAUUUUAUAACCUGGUUAUGACACCUACAUAAGUGUCAAAACCCACAAAAACCUACCACACAAGGCAAACCAUUCMAUUACAUCAAACUUGUAGUAGGCUAUGUUAGAUAACAUUUCCUGGAAUUAGCAUUGUAAUUGCACACACAUUGAUAUUAGACAUACAGUACCUACCCCGAUGCUCAUUUGCUGAUGACUGGGAUGAAUUCAGAAGCGAGACAAGACACCCUCAUUGUGACAUAUGACUGACAUAUGAGCAUGUCAUAAUCACCAACUGCCAAAUGUUGUUUGUUCAGCCUGCAGCUAAACUGUCACCUACACUGAACCAAGCAAAACAUUCCAUUCCUAUUAUUUCCAUUCUCCCCCUCAGGUGUUGUGUCCCCAUAAACCAAUGGCUCAGUAUAACUGUUCCUCUCUGGGUCUGCCUGCCACCACUCCUGACCAGCUUGGUUGGAACGUGUCCUGGGCCCUGGGMAACGUCAGUGCUGAUGACAUGGAGGACACGUGCCUGAAUCGGAGUCAGUACCUGGAGAAGUUUCUWGGCUUCCAGCGGUCGCCUGUUUUCCUGCCGGUUUGCAUUACCUUCCUCAUCAUCUUCGCUGUGGGAGUGUUAGGGAACGUGCUCACCUGCGCCGUCAUCGUGCACUACAAGGUGAUGCGGACGCCAACUAAUUACUACCUGUUCAGUCUGGCCGUGUCCGACUUAUUAGUCCUACUGCUGGGUAUGCCGUUGGAACUCUACGAGAUGUGGAGCAACUACCCGUUCCUGUUCGGCGCCGGCGGCUGUUACUUCAAGACCUUCCUGUUUGAAACGGUCUGCUUUGCCUCCAUUCUCAAUGUAACGGCACUGAGCGUGGAGCGCUACAUCGCUGUGUUACACCCGCUGAAAGUCAAGCACGUGGCCACGCACGCCCAUGCCAAGCGUGUCAUCCUGAUGCUGUGGGUCAUAUCCAUGGUGUGCGCCAUGCCAAACACCAGCCUCCACGGUGUGGCCGUGUUGAGGCCCCGAUUUGGCCGCCAAUUCCCAGAGUCGGCCAUCUGCAUGAUGGUCAAGCCCAUGUGGAUGUACAACCUGAUUAUUCAAGUGACCACGCUGGUCUUCUUCCUGAUGCCUAUGCUCACCAUCACUGYGCUGUACCUGCGCAUCGGCCUGCAGCUCAGGAUGGAGAGGGGCAUGCAGGGGGUCGGGACCGGGCAGGGUUUUGGUCCUGAUCGCCAMUGCAGGCACCAGCAGAGGGCGCGCCACCGACAAGUCACCAAGAUGCUUUGCGUACUGGUGAUUGUUUUUGGCAUCUGCUGGGCUCCCUUCCACAUUGACCGUCUCAUGUGGAGCUUCAUUAACUCCUGGACUGGCCACCACCACCUGGUCUUCGAGUACGUMCACRUCGUCUCCGGGGUCUUCUUCUACCUCAGCUCGGCGGUCAACCCCAUCCUCUACAACCUCAUGUCCACCCGCUUCCGGGAGAUGUUCCAGCAGAUCACGUGUCGCUCCGGCCUCUGUGGCGGCGACGUGCGCCUGCUGAACGCCCGUAGYACCCAAAUUACCCUACGUAGUAUCGUCUAUGAGAAGCCGCAACAUAAUGGGACCCCAGAGAGAAUCAYCCCAGACAGAGAGGAGCAGAAUGUGUACGUAAACCCCAACGGCCAGCAUGUAUAUGGCAAUACAAGCCCUGAUUAGAUAGAGGGUGAUGGGGUGGGGGUACCAAAACAAUGUAUAAACAUUAACUAAGAUUGGGUACCAAAAUUAGAAAAUGUGUAGCUGAUUGAAUGUGUACAGCGAGAGUUUGGACGGAAAGCAACAGAGUUGAAGUUGAAGUUUUGCCMUUGGCUUUGGAUUUAAAGUUGAAUUCUCACUGGGCGAUACCAAAAUUAACCAGGAUGAGGUACCAAAAUGUAACAAGAUUAUUAAAUCAAUCACUGAUUGAAUGUGUAGCAGGUAGGCAUUUAUUGGGAUGACUCUGAAGGCAGCUUUGUAGAGUGGACACUAGUUGGCACAGCCACAAAGUCAUAAAAUCCGAUUUUAAACCUAACCCUAACCACCCUGCUAACCUUAUGCCUAACCCUAACAUAUAGCCAAUUUUGACUUUGCAGCUGGCCCAUCUAGUGGAAAUCGCGCAGCUCUGCCUCCAGAACACGAYAUCUCAAUAAAGGUCGACCUGCGACUGUGUACAGCCAGAGUGGAUAGAGAGAAUGUAAUAAAGUSUAGUCCUUCGACUUUGAAUUUAAAAUGGUUUCCCCACACACAUACAAUUAGUUAUAUGUGGGUUAUUCAAAUGUUUAUUCUGURCAGAUGAAAGUGUUCUUCAACCGGAUAUUAAUGUUCAGAUUGAACACAUUAUGUAUAUAAGCUUAUGUAAUAAUCAAACUUUGAAAAAGAAAAGAUAMCCMGCUUUGUAAAAUAGCUUAUUAAUAWAAUACUGAUCUUAUUCUGUUCAUAUGUUUCAGGAGACACGAUUAAAUUGUAACUGUCUUUUUCCAUGCGUUAUUGUACUAGGUACACUAUCAAAAUCCCACUCACUAUGAAUGUAUAUCACAGGCAAUAUUGAAAGUAUAUGGGAGAUAGAAAUGUCAUGACACAGAAAUGGAAAAUGUGAUGUGCGAUGUACGUAUGACAUCCUUAAAGAAAUGGAAAAUGUGAUGUGCGAUGUACGUGACAUCCUU